UGAAGUUUGUUUAGCUCUCCAGCUGAUGAGCCAGAAGCCGAGCCACUGAGCAGCAGACGCGCUCGGAUGAUGGAGUUCUUCACAGGAAACCCGUUUUCUACGCCCGUGGGUCAACUUAUAGAACAUGCCACCGGUUCUUCUCUCUCGUCUGAAGACUGGGGCCUCAACAUGGAGAUCUGUGACACUGUCAAUGAAACGGGUGAAGGACCUAAAGAUGCAGUCCGAGCGAUAAAGAAGAGGAUUCUGGGAAAUAAGAAUUUCAACGAGGUCAUGCUGGCUCUGAGUGUGUUGGAGGCCUGUGUGAAGAACUGCGGGCACAGAUUCCACGUCUACGUGUCCACCAGAGAUUUUGUGGAAAGCGUUUUGGUCCAAACGAUCCUGCCUAAAAACAACGCCCCAGUGUUUCUUCAGGACAGGGUCUUGAGCAUGAUACAGGCUUGGUCCGAUGCCUUUCGUAGUUCUCCAGACUUGACGGGUGUCGUGACCGUCUAUGAGGAUCUCCGGAGGAAAGGCGUGGAGUUUCCCAAGGCUGAACUGAAUGGCUGUUCCCCUAUUCACACUCCCAACAGGACCAUCGAGUCUGCGGUAACAGCUCACACAAAAAGUCACUCCGUCAAAUCCACCCAGACACAGGAUACAGAGACACCAGUCACGCUGUCUCCUCAACAGAUGAAGACGCUGAAGAGCGAACUGGAGGUGGUGCACAAUAAUAUAUCGGUGAUGUCAGACCUGAUGAGUCAGAUGCAGCCUGCGAGUCUUGAGCCGUCGGACACAGAGCUACUACAGCAGCUCUACUCCAUGACCAAAGACAUGCAGGGCCGGAUGGUGGAGCUCAUCCCCAGACUGAGCGAUGAUGAGAGGCUUAUAGAGCAGUUACUCAGUGCCAACGACCAAGUGAACACCACCUUUACACAGUAUCACAGAUUUGAAAGACAUCUCAACAAACAGAGCAGUGCACAAUCUAAUCCAGCGAACACAAACCUCAUUGACUUGGGUACUUCCAACCACAUGAAGUCAGCAUAUGGUGCUCACAGCGCAGUCACCACACUGACCAAUCAGAUGGCUGGAUUGAGCACAAAAGCUGAUGACUUAAAACAAAAUAAGAGCAGCUCAUCACAAAAAAGCAGUCCAGAAAGCUCUGCAGCUCUUGGGGGCCUUGCAGCCAAUCAGAGAGAGCGACAGGACCCUGGAGAGUCCAUCGUUUUAAACGGUGGUGUCUAUGUUAAGGACGUCAGCCCAGACUCCAACUCCCUCGGCAGCUCGCCUCAGUUUCAUUGGAUGCUUGAAAAGGGAAUGAUUCCUGUCAGUCAGAGUGAAGUGAUGGACGACAUUGAACGAUGGCUGGAUGGAGAUGACGAAGAUGACUCUGAAGGAGUGACUAGUGAAGAGUUCGAUAAGUUUUUAGCGGAGAGAGCGAAAGCAGCGGAGCGUCUUCCCUCAGUGAAAGCGUCCCAUCGUGACCCAGGGCGUUCACAUCUGUAGUUCUUCUCCUCAUUCGUAACUUCCAGCUCAUAACCACUUCUCAGUUUAUUUAUAGUGUUUUUGGUUGAUUUCUAACCAUGUAAUGUCUUUAUCAAACUUUAGGUCUAAGGCCUGGUUUCUGACUGGGUUUAGACUAAGCCAGGAUUAGGCCAUAGUUCAACUAGGACGUUUAAGUCAUUUUUUUAAGCAUGCCUUAGAAAAAAAAGAAAAAAACAAGGGCACUGAUGUAUUUUAAGACCAAUCCGUGCAAGUUUCUUUCAGUUGAAACUGAUCUACAUUUAAUAAAUCUGAUUUACAUUUUAGUCGGGAACUGUGUGUGAAGUUAGGUGUGGGUUUUGGAGAGGUUUCAUUGUGAAAUAUUAUGAAAUCUCUUUAGAACUGGACUGUGAUUUCUUCAGUCUGAUGUAGUGGUUACUCUUUUAAUGGAGAAAUGCUCCGUGGUCACACAUGAAUAGGUUAAAACCAUUGUAUGUGUAUAAUGUAUUAUGUUCGGCUGUUUUAAAGGAAGGAAGUGAAUGCGGUUUAUGUCUACAGGCUGCUGUAUGAGUGUCAUAUGUGAAUCAUUAGUUUAAGGUUAUGUUUGAAUACCAUUCAAUAAAAUGUCAUUUGAAAA